CUCAGGCUUCGUCAUCCUUAUCGAAUCAAACUCGAUGGGUUCAAUCGUGGCUUCAACUCCGAGGGUUGAUGGAAUAAUCACUGAGACAGACCCCGCAAACGGAGAGGUCGCGUGCAAUUACUCUUUUGGUGACGGCGAUCGAUAAGGUUAUCGAUGCGGAGGUGAAGGAGCUAGCCUCGUACUUAACCGCGCCAUGGCCUGGUUUGUCCGUACGAACAAAUCGUCAAGUAUGACAUUCGAGAUGUUCUUAUUCAGUCUAUUCCUCGUCUCCUCUGUCGUCGCUCGGGAAAUUGUCCUCCCUCCGGUCGCAGCUGUUCACGGUCCGACGGGCCAAUUUCCCCUCGUCCAUGACGAUCCGAUUGACAUCACCACGGGCAGCCAAUUCUCAGGCUUGACUACCUUUGCGCACAUGCCUUAUGUCAAUUGCUUCGUGGAUGCUGAGGCUGAGUCUACGCCUUAUGAUAUCGCGUUUCUUGGGGCUCCAUUCGAUACGGCAGUGACAGGUCGUCCCGGCGCUAGGUUUGGACCUAGCGGCAUCCGACUGGGUAGUCGGAGACUGGGAGGCUGGAGUGUCUACACUGGUUUGAACGCCUUUCAGGAUUGGGCCAAGGUGGUGGACUGCGGUGAUGCUCCGCUGACAUGGUUGGAUAAUACGUUUGCGUUGCAGCAGCUUGAUUUAGCGCACAAGGUUGUCUCGUCUCGUCCAACCAAUGCGACUGGGCAUGGCAAGACUCCCCGGAUCAUCACACUUGGAGGGGAUCAUACCACGACACUGUCCGCACUGAGAUCGACAAAUCACCACUGGGGACCUGUUUCGGUGAUUCAUUUUGACAGCCAUAUUGAUACAUGGGACCCGUGGGUAUUGGGAGGAGGAAUAUCUCACUAUGCUGGUGUCAACCACGGAACCUUUCUUCAUCUCGCCCACGAAGAGGGACUAAUCAGCAACAACUCCAUCCAUGUCGGCAUCCGCGCCCCCGUAGUACGCCCACGCGGCGACUACCGCAACGACAUCCGCUGCGGCUUCGAAAUUAUCAAAGCCCGAGACCUGGACCGUCUAGGAGUCGACGGAGUGGUGGAGCAGAUCAAAUCCAGGGUUCAAAAUAGUAGGGUUUACAUCUCCGUCGACAUCGACGUCCUAGAUCCGGCCUAUGCACCCGCAACCGGCACUGCUGAGCCGGGUGGCUUCACUACUCGUGAGCUACUCUCCAUUCUAGAUGCCCUGCAAGGGCUUCCUGUAAUUGGGGCCGAUGUGGUCGAAGUUGCACCGGCUUACGACACCGCGGCGGAGACGACCACGCUUGCUGCGGCCGAGGUGGCUCAUUCUCUGCUUUCUCUGAUGGUGGGAACGCCUGUUGUGUGAGAACAAUCCACCUCCAAGACACAAGACAGUGUUAUAAAAGCGAUAUAGAGCAACUCGCACCCGGGCAGUCUAUUGAGAAGUAUAAUGAUCUGAAUGAUAAAGUAGCAUACAUACAUCAUAACUGAAUUAUUUAUCCCAUCUUACAGCAC